AACACAAUAUACAAAUGUACAUCGGCACACAUUACACCAAAACCUAUUGCGUUAUUCUGUCUUUUAACAGACUACAUCUUCAGCCGCUACGCCAUUGGUGAUCAGCUGGGGAAAGGCGGUUUUGGCGUGGUGUAUGAAGGGAGACGUUUGGAUGACGAUCUUAAAGUGGCUGUGAAAUAUGUCACAAAGACUCAGCACACGGAGUGUAUUUUCAUCCCCGAUCAUCCAAACCCUCUUCCGAAAGAGAUCGCCCUCACCAUCCUGGCCAACAAAGGUCACCGAGUGCCGGAGAUAAUCAGGCUGCUGGACUGGACGGACCACCCUGACCACUUCGUCCUGGUCCUGGAAUGUCCCUCUCCCUGCGAGAACCUGGUAGAGUUCGUGAGGCGCCACGGUGGAAGAAUCGAUGAAGAAACGACGCGCCACAUCAUGUGGCAGGCGACUCACGCUGCACACAAGUGCUGCCUCCGCAGAGUCUUCCACCGUGACGUCAAACUGGAGAACCUACUGAUCAACAUCGAGACAUCCGAAGUCAAGCUGAUUGACUUCGGAUGCGGGGACAUUCUGGGGACUUCACCCUACAAGUCAUACCACGGCACAGCAAAGUACUCCCCUCCAGAGUACCACCGCAGGGGAGAGUACCACGGCUGGCCAGCGACGGUCUGGUCACUAGGGGUCGUGAUGUUCGCACUGUUGUGUGGACACUUCCCUAGCGACCAUGACCUGUUGCUGCUUCAGAAGAAGCGCUGGUCCAAACCUGGCCUGUCAAAAGAAUGCUGUGACCUCCUCGGGGCUCUCCUCCACGAAAAGCCCAUCCGGAGACUUGGUUUGGGGCAAAUCGUGUUCCACAGCUGGUUUAUGGACCGCUCCAGUUGGCGCCUCUUCAUCCCUCCUCUCGCCUUUGCGUCUUGA